UCCUCUCCCUUGCUUCCUUUCUGUUUCUCCCACUUGUCUCGACCUUCAUUAUUUAAUUUUUCUUCCCAUUCCUUCCUUAAGCUUCUCAAAUCCUGAUAUUGAUGGUACGCUUUUCCUUCCAAUCUGAAUAAUUUCUUCCCAAAUUCAAACAAAACUUCUUGCAUGUCCAACCCUUGUUUCUUUUCCUCCCCCUCUCUCCACUUCUCUUCCAAGUUCUUUUUCUCACACUCCUUCCUUUGCCUUUCCUCUUCCUCCUUCAUCCUUUCUUCUUCUUCCCUCUGUUUCUUCUCCUCUUCUUCCUUCCUCUUCUUUUCUUCCUCCUUCUCCUCCUCUUCCAAUUUCUUCCACUCCUCCAUUAGCUUCCUCUUCCUUUCGUCGCGUUUGCUUUCUGGCUUAACUUCCUCCUCUUCCCUCAUUCUUUUGGUUGGGCAUAGCUCAUUCCUGACGCUUCUUAUUGGCGAUCUUCCGUAUUCGCGCUGUCCUCGUCCAUAUCCACUUCCCCAAUUUCCUUCAGGCUUCCUUCCCCAAUCUCUUUUGGUUUUCCUCUGCCAUUCUUCCUCCACCUCUUUCCUUAGCGAUAUCAGUAUGGUCGGAUCUCUCAUUAUUUCACUCACCAGCUCAUCGUAAGUGCUAUCUCCCCUUCUUAAUUGAAUUGUCCCCAUUUCUACGAAACCUUCACCUUCUCCCAAGUUAACUUUCUUUGAAUUAUUUUCAGCAUAUUUCAACAAAAUUUCUCUGGUUAUCUGCCCCUCGAUUUUUCUUCUCUCCUCUCUUUUUACGUCAUUUGGGGCGGGCCACCCCGCAGCAGUAUUUUUCCAAACUGCUUGCUCCUCUCGCUUGCGUCGUGAUUCCUCCUGAUGCUCCUUGGACUGACCGGAUCUGAAAGCAUUGUUUAAAUUCCUUUUUAAAAGUUUAAUUGCGUUUUCUUUCUCUAGUUCCAUAAGGUCCCUUAGCUUGUGCCGUUUUUCUCUUUCCCCUUUUCUUCGUUUAAUUUCCUUAUUUAUGUAUUCCUCAUAGUCUUUCCUAUACUUUUCUUGGGAUUUUUCGGUUGCCUUUUCCUUUUUCCUUUCCAAAAUUAAUUUGUUUUCCCAAGUCAUACGGUUUGGAUUCCAAUUCCGCUCCGCCGUUUCCCACCUGUGAUUGUUAAUAGCUUCCGGAUCCACUUCGUCCUCAUGUAAAACGUCAAUUGAAUCCUCAUCUGGUCCAUUAAUGUUUUGUGAUGUCAUAAUUUUAUAAUUAAUUUCUUUAUCCGAUCUGUAAAUAUUUAUAUUUUUAUUGUGAAAAAAUGCGACGCGGUUUAUUCGGAGCAUUUCAGUAUUAUCGCAAUUCUUUGGGUUAGUGUUUACUUCGUGAGCUUCCUCUUCACUCUCAUUCGGGCAUGGGGUUUCCUCGCGGUGGAAUCUUUUACAUUUAUCUCCAUGUAUUGUUCUCUGGGAUCCACUCUCCUUGUCCUCAAUUACAAGGUUUGGUUUUUCUAUUCGAAUAAUCUGGUACG